UGCACGCAUGCUUGUUUUCGGCAAGGAAAGCUUGUUCAUUGCCGCUGUUCUCCCUGCUCGAUAUGCGAAAUCGCCUUCGAGCGCAUCGGCGUUCCGUCGCUGCCGCGAUUCAACAUUCCAAAUUGCAGAAGAGAUUGUGCCAUUAAGGUCAGGCGCGGGGAUUCAGAAGCUAACGGUGAAACAUAGCCGGUCAGGUGGUGGACUGCAAACAGCUUUCGAGUCAAGGCCGAAGGGAGUUUACGGUUGUCCAGGUAGUGCACGAAAGCGAGCAGAUCGCGAUGACAUAGGCGCCGUGUCGUCUCUAAUUCAAAGUUCGCUUUGUGUAUUACUCUUUCGUGUUUUAACUUAGCGUACGUGCCCAGUAGGCGACGGAACGUCAACGAUGAGAGGUCGCUGACGCACUUAGCCGCACUCUGUGGUCGAUUGCCGUUCAUGUCAACCUGCGCCCGAGGAACUCGUCUAAUCCUCAACCGUGCACAAUGUACAGCUUCGAGGGAGAGUACAGAAAAAGGCCGCAGCAGUCGCUGGGAGGUGCCAGCAAAAAGGUUGGCCUCGAUGAUCUCCUACGAAAGAGCGCUCUUCGGAGGCAGAAUCGUGAGGAGAGCCGACGUCAGGAAGAGGCUGCACUAAAGAUCAAGGCCUAUGGCAGGGGUUUCCUGAGUCGCCGUCGCCUGGCUCGUGAACUUCGCCAAAAAUUCGACACAACCUCAAGAGUUUCAAGUGACCUGGGCCCGCUUCUGUCCUCCAUCCCGCUCUUUUAUGAUGUCCAGGUUGAUACAGAGCGUUUGGCCUGGUUGAGUCAUCAAGUGUUGCUCCGUAAAGACGAAGUCGCCGGCCAGGCGGAUGAUCCCGUGUGGCGUCUGCGAAUUCGCCGCCUCCUUGCUCUUAAUGUCGUCUCCCUGCAGAGGCCAGGCUUUCCAACGGCAACUGCGCUGCGUCUCCUGGAGGUACUGGGCUCAAUCGAGGCAUAUCCACCGCUCCUUCCGGGGCUGCCUGUCGGAGGAGGAGCGAGCUGCCCAGCUGCGUUCAUGGUUGCAGCUUCUGUGGUUCCAUCUGGCACGCCGGUGCAACCUGUUUUUUACGCGGUUGAACUCUUCGAUUGUUCGAGUGGCACGCAGCUCAGAUUCGGCGCCACUUGCAGCGAAAUGGCCGCCUUUUCACCGAGUGCCUUCUACGGCGGUAAUUCUGAAGCUUUUAGUGAAAGCGAAGACGAUUUUAGUGAUGAAGACAACUAUGUGGCUCCAUCGAAUAUCGAAGAAAGUGAUUCUACAGAAGCCAGCGAGGAAAAAAACGAGGACGGUAGGGACGGUGGAAACAACCAGAACAACACAGGACCACGUGAAACCGACUGGACAGCCUACUUGGAUAAUUUACCAGAUUUUGACCCUCUUCCCUUUACUGUCCCGAACCCGGGAUCUCAAGUGGUUACGCCACAGGCUCAGGCCAUGGUUGACCUGCUCCUUCUCCCUCUUGUCAAACCAGUGGCUGAUGGCCCCGAAUGCAAAGACUAUCAACGCGAGAUCAUCACCUGUCUCUUAAGAGGUGUUCUCGGUGACUGCCCUCAGGUUGUGCGAGUCGUGUUGCCAGAGCUGGCGACUCGGUGGCCCUACCCCGGUGAGCCCCUGCUUCGAGCUGUGCUCAGCCUGGAGCCUUCGCCAUGGCUGUUCCAAGCCCUUCUGCGGCUCUCGUCACCCGCAGAGCCGUUGUUCAUUGCUGCCGCUGCACACCUUUCACCCUGCCUCACUCACAAGACGGAGAAGUCCAGCUACGAAGACCUGGACGCCGAUGAGCUGAGCCCGGUCGACGAAAUCUGGAGCGGGGAUGGCUACUCGUCCUCUUCGUCACUUGCCGACGAGGCACUGGAGGACUUUCUGGAGGCUGCGCUGUCGAGCCGUGAGAACCUCCCGGCGCUGUGCCAGCUGGGCUGGGCCCUGUUGCAGCGGCGUCCUCUGGCCCUGCACCACUUCCGGCUGCUCUACACGCUGGCCUUCCGACCUCAGUUCCUGCGGCAGCUGUGGGAGGCGCUCAAGGAUGUUCGAGUUCCGUCACUAUUUGUGCCUGGCGGAACGUCGGUUAUGCAGCUGCUUUCAUCCGGCAUCUGCCCACCAGACAACUGGGCUGAGCCCUUUUCGAGCCAGCUGAACCUGUUUUGCAGCCUGCUUGCCCACCUGCUGCUAACACUGCACGACAUAGAGUUCUACGAGUCUCCUGCGGGCGACCCCAUGCCCUUCUCGCUGGACGAACUGGUGUUGCUGAUCGCGCAGCUGCGAGAGCUCUGCCUGGGUCUGCUGGAGCUGUGCUUUCCCGACACUCGAACGAGCCUGACGCCCCAGCAGCUGAAGUACCUGAAGACUCUCUGGAGGCCCAUGUUCGAGUGCGUGGUCUCACUGCUACGACAGCUGUACUCUCGGGACUCGAGGCGGCCCUUCUGCCCCGACGGCCACUGGGUUUCACCUCGGUCGGCUGUUCUUCCAGAACGAGUGGCAAACUGGAACCUGGAAAUUCAACGGCUACCUACGUGUGGUGCUGCAGGGUUGACACGAAAACAGCUAGAGGAAAGUGGGCCGCCUUUGACAACUAGCGAGCUUCGCGGUGCAGCGAUCCUCCAGGAGAUGCCCUUUGCCGUGCCGUUCCUGUCCCAGGCCAAGAUACUACAGAGCCUGAUAGCACGCGACAAGUCUGAGAACCAUCGGCAGUCCGACUUCAUGCUGGGCCCCCAGAUAGAGGUCAUCGUGCGGAGGAACUACAUCUAUGAAGACGCCUUUAAGAAGCUCUCUGGCGAACCCAACCUGAGGCUACGGCUGCGCGUUCAGCUCGUCAAUGUCGCCGGUCUCGAGGAAGCGGGCAUUGAUGGUGGAGGCCUACUACGAGAGUUCCUCGCUGAGCUCAUGAAAACGGCCUUUGAUGAGAACAGGGGCCUGUUCCGGUGUACGCACGAUGACCGACACCUCUACCCAAACCCGGCGGUCGCAGAGCUGCCAGACUAUGCUGACGGUCGAGCGAAGCGCCACUACGCCUUCGUCGGCCGUCUGCUCGGCAAGGCUCUUUAUGAGGGCAUGCUGGUGGAGUUGCCCCUGGCGCACUUUUUUCUGGCCAAGUUAGUGGUGCCUGGGCGUGGUGACCUCGACCUCCACCACUUGGCGUCCCUCGAGCCGCUCGUUUACCGCAACCUCUUCUUUCUCAAGACCUACGAGGGCGACGUGACCGACCUCGGGCUGGACUUCACAGUAAUGAGAUGCCAGCUGGGCAACAGCAUAGUAGAGGAGCUGAAGCCCAACGGUACCGCAAUAACGGUGACGUCAGCAAACCGCAUCGAGUACAUGCACCUGCUUGCGGACCAUUUGCUCAACGCACAGCUGCGGCAACAGUGCCUCGCAUUCCGACAGGGCUUGGAGGAGCUACUGCCCAGCCACUGGCUGCGCCUGUUCGCACCGCACGAACUCCAGGUGCUGGUGUCCGGUGCCGAGAGCCCCAUCGACCUCAUUGACCUGCGCGAGCACACGCACUACGAGGGCGGCUACAACCCCAUGCACCCGGUCGUCAAGGCCUUCUGGCACGUUGUGGAGGACUUCGACGAACGCCAGCGACGCCUCCUUCUCAAGUUUGUCACCAGCUGCUCCAGGCCGCCGUUACUGGGUUUCAAGGACCUAGUACCUCAGUUCUGCAUCCACUCGGCCGGCUCGGAACCCGGGCGGCUCCCCACGGCAUCGACGUGCAUGAACCUGCUCAAGCUCCCUGAGAUCGCCGAUGAGGCGCAGCUGCGUGAGAAGCUACUCUACGCCAUUGAGUCCGGCGCCGGCUUCGAGCUUAGCUAACAGCCCCGGAGACCACAUGGGGGGAGGUGUCGAACAAACGGCUCGCUCAGGUUGUGCACGCUCGCGGGAAUCUUACUGCAGCUCGCCAGGGGCUUGCCAGUGUCUCGCCGAUGCCUGCUACGCAGACGAUGCCCAGUGCCUCCCUGAUUGUGAUAUGAAUGUGGGAGGGGCCAAGUGUUGGAGGGAGGGGAGGCGGGGGUCGUGGCCUGUGAAACCAAACUAUGAAUCGUCAGCUACAGAAGGUGCUCGUCCUUUCACCGCCAGCCAAUGAUGUGUCAAACAGUCGAAUAAAGAAUUUAUAAACCACGCAA